AUGCGUGUGAUCGUCGCUCUGGAUCUUGACUACUUCUAUGCGCAAGUGCAUGAGGUCGAGCUACGUCAGGAGGAAGAUCACGAAAAGAAAAAGAUCAACACGCAUGUCCCUAAUACAACAGAGUCUACAGUGGCAUCCACAAGCCCAAUAUACAAUGCUUCUAUUCUACCAACAAGUGCGAACAAAUCCCAUAUCUCUUCAAUCAACGGAGAUGGUAUUGUAUGUAAAGCGAACAAGGCAAGGCCCAUCGGUGUCAAGCAGAAGCACAUAAUCGUCACAGCCAACUACUCAGCACGCGCACACGGCGUGACCAAGCUGCAACUGCUAUCAGAUGCGAUGAUAUGCUGUCCUGAAUUGGUGGUUAUAGACGGGUCUGAUUUGACCCGGUAUCGCGAGAAAAGUGAGGCCGUGGAAACAACAGUGAAGAGUCUGCUGAAGCAAUUGGUGUCAGAGUCUAUGACUGAAGGUAAAGGGGAUGGUCCAUUGCGAGGAGAGCUACCUGGAAAUUUGGGAGCGAGUAUAACGGCUACAAGCCUAAGUAAUGACCAAAAAUUGGAUGCGAUGGAAAAAGAGAACCAGCAAGUUGUAGUCGACAGGAAAGCCAAAACAACGCCAGAUGGGAAGAGAAAACAAGCCCAAAAGGGUCAGGGAUGGCGCGAGGAACAGCGGGCACAGCUGAAAAAAGCACUUUAUAUGACCCGUGGAUGCAUCAAUGCGAAAUAUAAAAAUAUCGAUACAAUGAGUGGGACCCAGAAGGGUAAACGGGAAGGAAAAUUAAAUGUGAAGAAGUAUGCGAGUGUGAAGACACCGGUGCAGAAGAGUGGCAUGGACGAGUGGUUCUGUGAUGUGACCGGGCUGGUGAACAACAUCAUGCAGACACCCACCCACGUGCUAUACACUCAAGCCUGCGCUCUACAGGAUGGAGAUAUCAACGUAGUCCUGGGCGAGGCCCGGCAAGUUUCCUUGCACCUGCGCGUGGGUCUGUGUGUGGCCAAGGAAAUCCAGGCAGCCGUGUUGAGGCACACAGACCUGACGUGCAGUGUGGGCGUGAGCACGUCUAAGUUGGGUACCAAGAUAGCCGUGAACCAUCAGAAACCGCAUGGAUCGUCUGUGUUUGUGCCUGAGAAAGCACGGGCGUACAUGGCCGACAAGUGUGUGAAGAUUAUACCCGGCUGUGGCUCUCGAUACACCAACAAGAUCCGCGUGCACCUGUAUUCGCUAGGAUUUCGGCACGGGGACGAAGAUGAGCAGGAGCUGAUAUCUGAUCCCGAAUACGAGGGAAGUGGAAGUGAUAGCGAGGGCGAUGGCGAUGACGACUAUGGUGAUGAUGGCCAUGCCCAAAAUCAUGAUUGCGUUCCGCCUACUAGUGAUACGUCGCCUGAAAACACAUAUGCACAUGAUUCUAAUGACAGUGGAAGGAAGGUUAAGCCCAAUGCGACCGAGCGUCAGCGGAAGAGACAACUAGACCGUGUGAUCUCUACGAAGAAGAGCAGUCUUCCGAAGUGUUUCCAAGUGCUGGAUGCCUUCCUGAAACCUGAGGCCUACGCCGGUGUUUUGAACUCGGAUAUAGAUGGAAAUAUACAUGAAAGAGGUGCUCCCUCUCGGGCGCUACCGGAGAACCCUGAACCGAGUGUUGAUGGUGGAGGGGAUACACAUCUCGUUGCGAAACUUUCAGGUAUCAAACCCAUAUCUAUGACUGUUGAGGACUCCCUUAGCGCCUCAAUGUCGACCAAGGAUGUGAUUGCGUCCUUGGACUUUGUGCAGAUGGCAGCGGUCAUGCACGCCAAGUACGAUGUGGCCAAAACCAUUGCUUUGAAGUGCCUGGGCACCUGCUUGGAUCCCGUGAAGGAGAGUGGGCUGUGCACUGUUAUCAGCGCAGAGGAUUCGAUGCAGAAAAACACGUUCACGACGAAGCUGGAGGUGCGCGCCAAGAUGCUCACUCUGGUGGACAAUUUGCUGAGAAGAGUGUGGCGAGAUAUCGCCAUGAACAAGCGUCUACCCAGCACUCUGUAUGUGCGGUUCAGGAACUCGGGGCUGGAUGAGGGCAACAAGGCGAACAACACAUACCAGUCCCGCCAGACACCGCUGCCAUACAGUGACUUCGGAUCGCUACAACGAAUGCUGAAGAUCGCCGAAAUUGUCUCUGCCACUGGCGAUAAGAAUACAGAUACGGCGGCUCAGGAUGAGUCACCUGUACAGGCUGGUAGUGAUAUCAGUCCCACCCCUCAUAUAUCUGUGCCUGCUGCUACCGACACGACAUUGAACGACAUCGAUGAGAAAGGUUUGAGGGUUGGCAUUAGCAGGAAAAAGAAGGAAAACGAGGAGAACGAUCUCAGGAAGCAGUGCGAACAUCUGCGCUUUGUGGUGCUGCGUGAGGCUAUGUCACUGAUGAUGAGGUUUUCCUUAAACACAUACGAACCCGAUACGCUGACACUCCUUGGGGUGGGUGUGACGGGGUUUUCUGAGCCACGCAACACAACGGAGGUGAGCAUGGACGCAUACUUAGUGGAGGAUGUGGAUAAUGCCAAGGGACCCGCAGAGGCUCGCUGUCCCAUAUGUGGACAUUCGUUCAUAGGCAUGCUUAAUAGUGAUAUGCAUGGGCAUCUGGAUAAGUGUAUCGGAAUGGGUGGGAGUGGGCAGGCCAGGGACGAAGGCUGUGCCAAAAGCGCGAUAGAUGGUAACGGGAGAGGUCGAAAUAGUGCCAAGGGUGAUAGCACGGACGGGGUCAAGCGGAAGAUCAAUACACUAUUUGAUUUCUCGGCCAAUACCAAUGGCAAGAAACACGGCGCCCACAGUGGUGGCCCCAAUCGAGGCAAGCGAAAGAGGGGGAAAUGAGUGCGAUAUGUGCUUCAACGAGUGCGAUAUUUAUAAACAUGAUGUCACUGUUCGGAAAGUAAACAAAGGCGAAGUACUGGCAUUGCCCGCUACAGUCGAAUAUAUGUACCGCGUUUUUUCGUCUGUCAGGCUUUUGCGCAUUUGUAUAUUGAGGUGGCCUCAGCUGAUACAGAUAUAUACUCUACUCGUUCAUCGGCAUCAUGCGAGCGGUAGCAAUGCUGAACCAUGGCCCCAUACGCCGAGUAUUGCAAUAUCUCGAAAGUUUACCAGCCUCGUAGAUUGAUAUACUCUUCAUUACAAAUAAACUUGCCAAAUGGGCUCGCGGU